GCCAUAAAAAUUUAAUCUCGUAUUGUGCGACUGCAUACCGUCAACUCAUGUAGAUAAGACAUUGUGGGGAAUAUUUCCGAUCACUCCCAAAAAUGCAGUUCAAUGUGGCAGUACUAAUUUAUUGCGCUGCCCUUUUUCAGGGCGCCAUUUGCGCAAUUCGACGAGAUUGCGAAUGUGGAAUUGGAAAUGAGGAGGAGAUAGAUACACGAAUUAUCAAUGGUAUCGUAACCUAUCCCCAUCAGUAUCCGUGGAUGGUGUAUUUGAAAUACAUGGGACGCGUAUUUUGUGGCGGCGCCAUCUUGAACGACCGUUAUGUGAUCACUGCUGGGCACUGUUUGUACGACAUGCAACCACAGUACAUGCAAAUCGUUGUUGGUGGACACGAUUCUGAAGUUGAAGACGGUAUAACCGUAGAUGUUGAAGCGUUGAAAUUGCAUGAAAAUUACACACGUUAUGCAGCCUAUGACGAUAACGAUAUAGGUAUAAUCAAAUUGAGUAAAACAUUGCAUCUGAACAAUAAUAUCAACCCAAUUUGUCUGCCGAAUCCGGCAUCCGACUAUACCAGAGCAAAAGUGGUGAUUGCCGGUUGGGGUAUAACAGAGAAGAAGCAGAUGUCUAGGUACCUCCUACACAACUCUGUACGCAUCCUGUCACAGAGCGACUGUAAAAAUGCGAAUCGUAUUGGAUCCAAAUUCAGAGUUUUGGAGAAUCUGUGCGCAUACGGACAUGCUACAGAUACCUGUCAAGGAGACAGUGGUUCUCCAUUGGUCUACGAGUCCUCACCGUUCAAGUAUGAACUGGCUGGUAUUGUUUCUUGGGGCGAGGGAUGUGCUCCUAAAAAUACACCCAGCGUAUAUGUAAGAGUUACCCACUAUUUGCCGUGGAUCGAGCGUCACAGCAGAGAUGGCCAUUAUUGCCUCGCCCAGCGCAACUAAGUAUUGUCUCACAAUAAACACUGUUGAGAACGCACUCAGAAAUAAAGAAGUCUUAAAUCAUA